UACAAGUAUACAUCAUUGAGAAUGACACUUUCCAGAUGAAGCAGACAUUCUUAAGUACCAAAAAAAAAACACGAGCUUACUUAACAACUUCCCAAUGCACCGAUCUGCCAUGUAAACAAUUAACAGACUUCACAUGCGAAACUUCAUUCGGAAAAACUAUAUUUGGAUUUAAAUAUUACACAAGAGACUUGAAAAUGCCUUGGGGAUACGAUAAGGACAAUGGUCCAUGCACCUGGGGUAACGAGUUUCCAAUUGCCAAUGGAAAGAGACAAUCGCCAAUCAACAUCGUACCCGAGAAUGUUACGUUUGAUCAAAAGCUAGCAAGUUCUCCUUUGGUUAUAAAUUAUAACCCAGAACCUAAGCCUGAAGUUAUGAAUACGGGAAAGUCAGUAAAAGUGCAAGCAACCCACUCAUCUGAAAUAAAAGGAGGACCUUUAACGGGGACGUAUAAAUUGGAACAGUUUCAUUUUCAUUGGGGAGCAAAUGACAAAAAAGGUUCUGAACAUACAAUCAAUGACAAGAUGUACGCCUCAGAGCUGCAUUUAGUACAUUACAAUACUAAAUAUCCUAAUUUUGGGGCGGCUGUAGAUAAACCAGAUGGCCUUGCAGUGUUUGGCUUCUUUGUCAAGCCAGGAGCCAAACAUGUCGGCAUGAAAGAAUUCACAGAUACUGCAUUGGCAGCAGUUAGAGAUGAAGGCAAGAAAGUCCAUUUGACUACUGAUCUGGAUAUGAAAACUCUCUUAAAUUCGGACACAUCAAAGUAUUGGACGUACUUAGGUUCACUGACAACGCCACCUUUGUAUGAAAGUGUCACAUGGAUUGUAUUUAAAGAGCCAAUCGAAAUAUCAGAUGAGCAGUUACAUGAGCUACGUAAUCUCCGAUGUGGAAGUAACUGUAUAGUAGACAACUAUAGGCCACCUGUUCCACUGGGUGAUAGAAUAGUCCGAGCAUCAUUUAAAUGAAAGACUUGAUGAAAGGAAGAAAAUUAGUAAUAAAAUUACAAAUCCUUUUGCAAUACUACAAUACAGAUACUGCAUCAUAUGCCUAUACAUUUUUUCAACAGCAUUAUCAAUGUUCCAUAAAUGAUAUCAACAGCAUUUCAUACAGUGCAACAGUUGAAUAACUAGAUGUCUGUUCGAUUGUUAUAUAUUUUUUAGCACGUGGCAGGUGCGUUUGACUCUAAUCGUAUAAUUGGCGAUUGUCAGUUUUCCUGCCAAAGGUAGGUGGUUUUCUCCGGCUUCCUACUCCAAUAAAAAUUCACCGCCUAGAUAUAGCCAAUAGUGCUGAAAGUGGUGUUAAACACCAAUAAUCAUUCAAUCAAUAUAUAUGUUAGGAAAUUCACCUGUUACGUAGUAUCAGCAUUUUUUAAUUUAAAAUAUCUUUCUUGGAAGAGUUGAUGUUUCCCUAACUUUUCGUAUUCAUCUUGGGCACAAUGAACAAAAUGAAUACAGUCAUUAAGUUAUAGAACUGGAAACAGUUUGUACAUGUUAAGGUAUUAUUAGGUAUUAUACCUAAUGUGGAAUUUUAUUAAGUGCCAUUUUACAUGUGAAAGUGCUAUUUCAUCCUGUUUGAAUUUUACUCAUUUUAGUGCUUGAAAUUUGUCGGAUUAAAGUGCUCUGCUUUGUUUAUUUUUAAUGUUAACAUAAAUGUUUGUUUGUUUAUAAAGAAUCAGCAUUAUUUGAAAUGUCUCAUUUAUAUUUGAUUUUAUUGUUAAAUAAUUUUUAUUAUACAAUUUUUACAAUUUACAUUUUACUCGACAUUGGAGUUUUUAAGGUAUUGAAAAAUGUAUUCCUCCUUUUCUAUUGUCAUGGAGGUUUUUAUUUUUUACCAUUUUUACUACGCAUAAUAUUAUUUUAAUUUGAUUAUAUGGUUGUAAUUUUUUUGUUGAAACAAUAUAAAUAAGUGAUAUUAUAAUAAAAUACCCUAUUAUACGAAACAAAUGUGUUUAAACACUAAAUAUUAAUGCUAUAUGAUUGUUGUUUAUCGGCAAACUAUCAAGUAUUAAAGUUGUUAUGUCUGUC